AUGGCCGCGAAACAAAUCGAAAAAGCAAUCUCACCCUUUAAAGAGCUUGACAAAGAACGACGCAAAAUCUUCCUAGAGGCUUUAGUUGAAGAAUGCAACCCAUACGAAAUCUACAUUUUACAACAAAUACUGCAAGACAAAUAUAGCGGCAGACUUGAUAUCAUCGACGCUUUACCACUCGAGAUUUCGAUUAAAAUUUUCAAACAACUCGAUGGCAAAGAUCUAUGCAAUUGUCGUAAGGUCAGUAAUAAAUGGAAAAACAUCACGCAAGAUUCCACCAUUUGGAAGGCAAAAUGUUUAGAGGUAUUAAUGCUCGAACAAGGAGAAGUAAAAAGAAUAAAGGAACCUCCACAUGGCUGGGAAUUCUUGUAUCGACAAAUGUAUAGGGAAGAAAUUAAUUGGAACAAUGGGGAAGUUCAGAGGAUCAAAUUUCUCAAAGGACAUAAAGAUCGUACUCCGAUACGUAUUACACGUUCCCUGAACUCUUCUUCCUCGCAUAAUGCAGAAAUACAGACUACUUCGCCCUCCUUGACUGAAGAACCACUAACUAAGAAGGAACCCUUAUUUAAAACUUUUGCAAUUUAUCGCUGGAAUCCCGAUGCUCCUGCUGAAAAACCUCACUUGCAACAAUAUCAAGUUGAUGUUAAUUCCUGCGGACCUAUGGUUCUUGAUGCCUUGAUAAAAAUUAAGAACGAAGAGGAUUCCACUUUAACGUUUCGUCGCUCAUGUCGCGAAGGCAUUUGUGGAUCAUGUGCCAUGAACAUCAAUGGUGUAAACACCUUGGCUUGCUUAUCCAAGAUCGACCGUAACGCAAAUUCCACCAAAAUUUAUCCAUUACCUCAUAUGUAUGUUAUUAAGGAUCUUGUUCCCGAUCUUACUCAUUUCUAUAAGCAAUACAAGUCCAUCGAACCAUACUUAAAGAAGAAGACCACUCCAAAGGAAGGAGAAAAAGAAAAUUAUCAAUCGAUCGAAGAUCGUAAAAAGCUUGAUGGCCUUUACGAGUGCAUCCUAUGUGCUUGCUGUUCAACCUCCUGCCCAAGUUAUUGGUGGAAUUCUGAUCAAUAUCUUGGUCCAGCUGUCUUACUGCAAGCUUAUAGAUGGAUGGUCGAUUCGAGGGAUGAUUAUGGACGAGAGAGACGCGAAGCCCUUCAAAAUCCCUUUUCUGUCUACCGCUGUCAUACCAUUAUGAAUUGCACAAGGACCUGCCCAAAGGGAUUGAAUCCAGGACGGUCGCCAAAGCGAUAA